GGAGGCCCGGCCGCGACCCGGGCCGCGCGCGCAGAGUAGCUCCACGGUUCUCCUCGCGGCUGCUUCUUCUGGUCCCGGCUUUCAGCCCUGUCGCUCCCGCAGGCUCCGGGCUCGCCGGCUGGCGGGGAGUGGCCUCAAGAUGGACGAAGGCGGUGGCGGUGAGGGCGGCAGUGGUGAGUGAUGGAGUGCCUGAAGACCUGUCAUUAGAAGAACGAGAAGAACUUUUGGACAUUCGUCGAAGGAAAAAGGAACUUAUUGAUGACAUUGAGAGGCUGAAAUAUGAAAUUGCAGAAGUGAUGACAGAGAUCGAUAACUUAACAUCAGUGGAGGAGAGCAAAACUACUCAGAGGAACAAGCAAAUAGCCAUGGGAAGAAAGAAAUUCAACAUGGACCCCAAAAAGGGCAUUCAGUUCCUCAUUGAGAACGACCUGCUGCAGAGCUCCCCAGAGGAUGUCGCCCAGUUUCUGUACAAAGGCGAGGGCCUGAACAAGACCGUCAUUGGAGACUACCUGGGUGAGAGGGAUGAUUUUAAUAUCAAAGUUCUUCAGGCUUUUGUUGAGCUUCAUGAGUUUGCUGAUCUCAACCUUGUCCAGGCCUUAAGGCAGUUUCUAUGGAGCUUCAGACUUCCUGGAGAGGCGCAGAAGAUUGACCGCAUGAUGGAGGCCUUCGCAUCACGAUACUGCCUGUGCAACCCUGGGGUCUUCCAGUCCACAGACACAUGCUAUGUGCUGUCCUUCGCCAUCAUCAUGCUCAACACCAGCCUGCACAACCACAACGUGCGGGACAAGCCUACUGCCGAGCGCUUCAUCACCAUGAACCGCGGCAUCAACGAGGGUGGGGACCUUCCUGAGGAGCUGCUGAGGAACUUAUAUGAAAGUAUCAAGAAUGAGCCAUUUAAGAUCCCAGAAGAUGACGGGAAUGAUUUGACACAUACGUUCUUCAACCCAGAUCGAGAAGGCUGGCUGCUGAAGCUGGGGGGCCGUGUGAAGACCUGGAAACGGCGCUGGUUCAUCCUCACAGAUAACUGCCUCUACUACUUUGAGUACACUACGGACAAGGAGCCCAGGGGGAUCAUCCCGCUGGAGAACCUCAGCAUCAGGGAGGUGGAGGACCCUCGGAAACCGAACUGCUUUGAGCUGUACAACCCCAGUCAUAAAGGGCAGGUCAUCAAAGCGUGCAAGACAGAGGCAGAUGGCCGUGUGGUGGAGGGGAACCAUGUUGUGUACCGGAUCUCUGCCCCCAGCCCUGAAGAGAAGGAGGAGUGGAUGAAGUCCAUCAAAGCGAGCAUCAGUAGGGACCCAUUCUAUGACAUGUUGGCCACGAGGAAAAGGAGGAUUGCCAAUAAGAAAUAGAUGUGCCAAGACCCAGACUCCACAGCAGACGCACCGGCUACUCACAAGCAGCAGGACGAGGGGGCAGUGUGGUGCCAUGGGUCCUCCAGAGCAGCUAGCCAAGGCCCAAGCCCCCAGAGCCUUGUCCUCUGGGAUGUUGGUCAGCUGUGAGUGUUUCCUUCCUGCCACUGCCUUGGCGUUGACCUUUGGGGACCCUUGUCCACACAGUACCUGGUGACCCAGCCUCAGGACCUGCACAGCCCACACGGGACUCCUUUUCUGGAGCCAGAGCCUCAGCCCACACCAUGCCACACCUGCUCUUUUGGGCAGCACUAGCUGUUCUAGAAGUCGCUGUUUUAUAUCAAAAUGGGAAAGGAAAACCUACCACUUUUUUUAUUCAGAAUUUUUCUCAGAUAUAUAGGAUUAUAGCUUUUAUAUGCCUUUUAUAUUCUGAAAAUUAUAAUGAAAGAUGCUUAAUUUCUAACAGUAGUAUUUUUAGAAUGGCAGCUAUAAACUUAACUCCUGGACACAAGUAUAUACUGUGCACUGAGCACAGUCUAUAUAUGUAGCCUCCAACCAUUUGAGUGGGAGCAGCUGGGGGCCUGAUGUGUCAGGUGGGGCACAGGCAGCCAAUCUGGGUGACAAGGCCCUGGGGUAACCAUGAGGACCAGUAUGCUUGGGAGACUCCAGGUGUGGGCUGUCACUUCCCUUCACGUGCUUCUCUAAGACAAAUCACUAAAAUAUGGUUAUGGCUCAGGAUGUUCAUCCUGUCAGUGUUGAGGCUUGGCAGAUAAGAGUCCUUUCCCUCCAGACAGGCCGUUUAUGUGUCUGACCAUCACACAUGAAAGUUCUAUGUGGUCCAUCUGCACAUGGCCCAUGUUGGCUUCGGUACUUUUGUUGCUUGCUGUUUCAAACUUUUAGUUAAGUGCUCACUGACACAGUAACUAGAUCCACUAUUUUGAUGUAGUGUCUAGGUAUAAGCAACCAGAAGUAGCCAACAUAGCCUCUGGUAGUGCCAGGUGUCCAACAUUUGGCAUCCCUUUUAAGGAGGAAAAAGCUGAAAAUGGCACUUAGAAGCCAGUGGCACACAGAACCCUGUAUAUACCAGGGUGAUUUCAGGGCACUGUGUGCUUGGGCUGAGACUGGAUAAAGUGGUCGGACCUCUUCUGUUGCACUUCUGGGGUGGCCCAUUCAUAAUUUGGGGGACCCUUUUGAGGCUGUGUGUGGCUUGUUUGGAAAAUGGUCUUCCCUGCCAAACUGCUUCCCUGGUCUGUCUGUGCAGACACCCCUGGAGCUUGCAUCCCAAUGGUCCUUGAAAACCUUCAACCAAAUGCACUCAGACAUGACUUUCUGUGAGCUGUCUUGAGGCUCAUUGCCUCAGAGGUAGCUGUCACAUAAGAUUUUUGUGGGGUGGUGGUGGUGGCAAAGGCCGAAAUUCUCUCAUGUACCAGAUUGCUCAUCUUUUGGUUUAUUCCCAAGCUUCUAGGUUUUUAUUAAUACCUCAGAUUUGAAACCUUUGAGCUGCCUGGCUGGUGUGAAUGUAGCCUGGCUUCCCGUCUUCCAUGAUCCCUACUCCUAAGCCUUUACCACCUCAGACCAGAACCUGCUGCUGAUUGGGCACCUGUGUGUAUGGAUAUGAGUGGGAACUCACAUCCCUUCCAUCAAGACUCUGGUGAAUCUGCCUUCUCAUGUCCAACCCAGGUAUGGUCCUGGGGACACAGAGCUCUGUUGGAUGUUGAGGAUGGUGUCUUUAAUGCCAUAGUCAUCUUUGAGGGGACUUUGCCUGACGGCUGUUGGUGCUAAGAAUCCUAAGUUACUGGCUCUCAGAGUAUCCACAUGGAGUCACCUAACUCAGGUUAUGUUGUGACAGUGUUAACCCCAAGGGCAUCUGGCUACUUCCAAGGCUUGCAGAGGCUCAGUUAUACUCAUGCCCUCUGUCUGCACUCAUCGAAGCAUUAAGCCCGACUCUGGCCAAAGACCAUUUCCUGUCCUGCUGGGCCCUGGUUGUCAUUUUCAGGUGUAAGUGGACUGGCCCUGGAGGUGUCGGAACACUUUGAGUGACGUGGUCCCAGUCUACCCAGGAGCUGUUGAGAAGGAGCAACCUUCUGUGCUUCAUGUCACACUAUGCUUUGCUGACAAGUUCAGUCUGUUACAGACCAGAAACCACAAAUGUUUCUGUUUAUCUUAGAAAACAUUUCUAUUUACAAUAAAUAGUUACUAUGUAAAUAAUGUACAUAUGUAUUAAUUUCUGCAGUGUUUGUUAUACAAUGUACAUACUCCUACAACCUGCAUGAAGAAAUAUCCUAUUAAUGUUGAUAUCAGAAUUUCUGGCUAUUUUAUUGCAAAGCAAAUAGCUAGUAAAUUGGAGGGCUUACAGCUGUCAAGAACUAUUACAAAUACUAUGUUCCCAAAUAAAAACAU